ACCCGGAAACGGGGGCGGGACUUGGGGCGGUCGCCCGGGUUACCGGGAGGCGGAACCGCCGCCAUCGCCGUGGCCCGGAUGUCCGGACGCGGCGGCCAGAUCCGCUGAUCCCAGGGGUUCCCUGGAGAGACCCACGGGCGACUAAUGGCUGUCGAUAUUCAACCAGCAUGCCUUGGACUUUAUUGUGGGAAGACCCUGUUAUUUAAAAAUGGCUCAACUGAAAUAUAUGGAGAAUGUGGGGUCUGCCCAAGAGGACAGAGAACAAAUGCACAGAAGUAUUGUCAGCCUUGCACAGAGUCUCCGGAACUCUAUGAUUGGCUCUAUCUUGGAUUCAUGGCAAUGCUUCCUCUUGUUUUACAUUGGUUCUUCAUUGAGUGGUACUCAGGGAAAAAGAGUUCCAGUGCCCUUUUCCAGCACAUCACGGCAUUGUUUGAAUGCAGUGUGGCAGCUGUCAUCACCUUACUGGUGAGCGACCCCGUCGGUGUGCUUUACAUCCGUUCAUGCCGAGUCCUGAUGCUUUCUGACUGGUACACGAUGCUGUACAACCCAAGUCCAGACUACGUCACCACGGUGCACUGCACUCACGAAGCUGUCUAUCCACUAUACACCAUUGUAUUUAUCUAUUAUGCGUUCUGCCUGGUGUUAAUGAUGCUGCUCCGACCUCUUCUGGUGAAGAAGAUUGCCUGUGGAUUAGGGAAGUCUGAUCGAUUUAAAAGCAUUUAUGCUGCACUUUACUUCUUCCCAAUUUUAACCGUGCUUCAGGCAGUUGGUGGAGGGCUUUUAUAUUAUGCCUUCCCAUAUAUCAUAUUAGUGUUAUCUCUGGUUACUCUGGCUGUGUACAUGUCAGCUUCUGAAAUAGAGAACUGCUAUGAUCUUCUGGUCAGAAAGAAAAGGCUUAUCGUUCUCUUCAGCCACUGGUUACUUCAUGCCUAUGGGAUAAUCUCCAUUUCCAGAGUGGGUAAACUUGAGCAAGAUUUGCCCCUCUUGGCUCUGGUACCUACACCAGCCCUUUUUUACUUGUUCACUGCAAAAUUUACUGAACCUUCUCGGAUACUCUCAGAAGGCGCCAAUGGACACUGAAUGAAAAUAAAAGCCAACAAACCUUAAGAAAUGUUCUUAGUUGAAAAAUAAAAGAAAUUUGAAAAACAUGUUAAUACUAUUCUGUCAAAGGGAACAAAAUUGUCUUUACACAUAUCUUAUGUUUGGGUUUUGUUUUGUAUUUCUGACUUAACAGACUUUAUGGUUAGGACUGUAGAUGUGGAAAAUAGAAAACACUGUAACACCGUUGCACAGCUCACAACUGUCCAGUAUGCCAGACGCCUGUCGGGCAGCACGUGCCUCUCUCCACAGCUCCGUUCGUUAUUCUUUCGGGCAAGUUCCUGUUUCCGUGUGCCCUGGCAGUGUGUCACUCCCAUUUUACUAAGAAAAACUUUAACAAAUACAAUCUGAAAUCCUUAGCAGUGGGGUCAUUGUGUGUGCCUGUUGUGUUUCAAUCUGUUUUCUACCUUAGUGAAUUAUGAAGACAAAUGUAUUUGUGGGCUCUGAUCACAAACAUGGAAAUAACGUAUAUUGUUUUUUGUUAUCUAUUUAUUUUCACCAAUACAGUAUUUUGAUAUAUUACAAAAAUAGAUCAUAAUUUAUAUAACCA